CGCGCUCCCUGGUACUACAGUUUUUCAAGAUGGCAGCAGUUGAAGAUGAGUAUCGUUCUGUCGAAGAAUCUAUGGAAAAUCAAAGCCAUCCUGAGAGUGGGGUUAACGGAGUCUCAGAUGAACUCGAGAAGGYCUCGGAAGAAACUCCUUCAAACCAAGUUGACGAAGUCGAAGAAGUCGUAAACGAGCAAGAACUUAAAUACUGGAAAACUGUAAAUGAUAAUCCUUUGGAUUUCACCAGCUGGACRUACUUGCUUCAGUUUGUUGAGCAAGAGAAUAAGUUGGAGUCAGCUCGCAAAGCAUUCGGUGGCUUCUUUCAAAGAUAUCCCUAUUGCUAUGGGUACUGGAAAAAGUAUGCUGACAUGGAACGCAAGAAUGGAAACAUUGAAAAUGCCAAAGAGGUGUUUGAGCAAGGGAUAGCAUCUAUCCCAUACAGCGUGGAUCUAUGGGUUCACUAUCUAAACUUCUCAUCCCAAAUGACCAAGGGUCAAGUCAAUGGUUCAGAAAUAAUGCGCAGUUUGUUUGAAAGAGCYAUUGCAACUGCAGGAUAUGAAUAUCGCUCCGACAAGCUUUGGGAUGCUUAUCUGGAUUGGGAAAGAAACCAGGGGCAACUCAAAAAAGUCACAGAUAUUUAUGACCAGUUACUAACUGUACCUACACAACAUUAUGCCCAACAUUUUGAAAAAUUCAAAACACAUAUCAACUCCAAUCCAGUUGCAGCAGUCUUGUCAACUGAAGAAUUACUGAAAAUGCAGUCAGAGGUCGCUGCAGCUCCACCAGGAGUAGCGGCUGUAACUGAGACAACACCUGCUGAAGAAAAGCCAGGUGAUGUAGAGGCUGAUGUGAAGGAAGAAAAUGCAGAAGUGAAAAUGGAAGAAGAUAAUGAUGAAGAAGAUGAAGUUGCACCAGGAACAGAGGAUCUUGGUGCUCCAGGGGACGAAGGAAUUGUACUUUCAGAGAAUGAUCCAGAAACUGUUGCCAUCAGAGAGAAAGUCAUUGCARCAAGAGCUGAAAAAUAUAGCAAACUGGAAGAUGAAAUAAGGAAAAUUUGGGUUUAUGAAGAAGGCAUCAAAAGGCCUUACUUUCAUGUCAAACCUUUAGAAAGAGUMCAACUCAAAAACUGGAAAGACUAUCUAGACUUUGAACUUGCUAAUGGAGAUCACAGCAAGGUUGUUGUGCUUUUUGAGCGAUGUGUCAUUGCAUGCGCUUUAUAUGAAGAAUUUUGGCAGAAAUAUGCCAAUUAUAUYGAGCAACAUAGUCUGGAGAACUGUCAUAAUGUUUACGAGAGAGCAUGCCGUAUUCAUUUGCCAAGAAAACCUAAUAUCCACAUGGCCUGGGCUGCCUUUGAGGAGCAACAAGGUAACCCUGAUUUAGCUGCUGCAAUUCUUAAAGAACUAGACCUUUGGGUGCCAGGACUUGCCAUUGUGAAACUUCGGCGAAYCAAUCUGGAAAGAAGGCAAGGUCACUUUGAGAAUGCUUGUAUGAUUUACAAAGAAGCAAUGGAUGAAACUGGUGAUGAAGAGGCAAGGUCGUUCUAUKCAAUUCGUUAUGCGAGAUUUCUUGCCAAGGUAAUGAAUGACUAUCAAAAAGCAUCUGAAGUGUUAAGAGAUGCUAUUGAAAAAGACAAGAAUAACAACAGACUCUAUUUACAACUUCUCGACCUGGAACUCAGUUCAACUCCCAUUUAUGAAGACAGAAUAGAAGAAGUAUUUGAUUUGGUGAAAAGCAGUGGUUUAUCAGAAGAUGCYAAGCAAAGCUUUUCUCAAAGACGUCUUGAUUUUUUGGAAGAUUUUAGUCCAAGUAUCAGUAAGAUAAUGAAAGCCAAUGAAGCGCAUGGUAAACUUUAUAAGUCAAARACACUUCCUUCAAAUGGUCUUACUACAGGRAAGAAAAGAGUCUCAGAAACUAAUGGUGAUUCUUCAGCGAAAGUCGCCAAAUCAGAUGAAACAGUUACAGAUGUUACACAAGCAUAUCAAGCAACAGGCACCGAAGCUUACGAUACAUCAGCUUACACAACCAGCUCGGCAUAUACUGCUAACUCGGCAUAUACUGCCAACUAUAGUGCUGCUGCUGCUGCCGCUACUGCUGCAGCAUAUGGUUAYACCACACCCGUACAGAACCAGUGGGCUGGAUAUACAGCUGCUCAACCAGCUGCAUACAAUUAUAACCAAUGGUAUUAUGGGCAAACAGCUCCAACCACGUAGUAUUAUUGUAUUCAUGGAAUAUAAAUUKAGCUUAUCAAGGAUAACAGUAUCCUUCGAAUCAAGAUGAACUUCGAUAGCACAGCAAAAAAACAACAUUCCAAAAGAUUUGUCAUUAUUGUGCGGGAAUGUGUGCUCUACCCCUUCUGUACAUAAGUAAAACUAACGCAUGUUAUUGUACAUUAGUUGAAAUAAAUGCAGUGUUUGUAGUAA